AUGAACACUGUCUACCACCGUUCAGCACCCCGGCCGAGCAUCCAGCCCAGGGAAGACGCCCAGCCGAACGAGCAGGGCUGGCUGCCCCCACGCCUCCGCCGCCCCGCACAGCCGCCAGUCAUCCGGCCAGCAGCAGCCCACCACCAGCAACAACACGCCUACAGCCAGUACCACUACCACAGACAGCCCCAGGACCACAGAUACCCAACCGCAGACUGCUACCGCCCACCAACCCACGCCCAGCCACCCUAUCGGAGGCACUCUGCAUACGAAAACUGCCAGCUGCCCAUCUUCCCCAGCCACUCCUUCAACUUCACCCCAGACUUAGGCUAUGCCCACGCCUCUUCUUCUGCCGUUUCAAGCCACCGGCCCAUCGAACAACACUACCCCCUGCCCAUGCCCAUGCCCAUGCCCAUGUCCAUGCCUAUGCCCAUGCCCAUGCCCAUGCCCGAGCGAGCCCCCAUGGAGCCCAUCUCAACCAGGUUCAAGCGCACCUUCCGCGCCUACAGCCAAGAACCAGCCUCGCCCUCCACCUCCACCAUCCCCGCCCCCGACUCCAACCCACAACACACCAGCCAUCCUGCAUCGACACCGAGCACUACCCAACAGCAGCAGCAGCAGCAGGCCCCAACAGAUCGGGGGGACCAUCAGCAGAGCCAGCCCCCGGCCAAGAAACCCAGACUCAACAACUCCUCCAGACAGCCUCCCCCAGCCCAGCAGCAGCAGCAGCAGCAGCGCCAGGACACCGACAACUCAUCCCCUGAACCCCCAUCCGACCCGCCCCUCAUCCCGCCCGACUUCAUCAAACACUACCAGCUCGGCUCAACCCCAUUCCACCAAGUUUUUGCCUGCAGCGUCAUCAACAAGGCCGCCAACAGGGCCGAUCUCGUCGCCCUCACCUCGUCCAUCCUCGCCCACCUCGGUACCAUAACGGCGGUGGAGAUCGUGUACUUCAGCACGGGCAAGAAAGCCGCAGAGAUCGUCAUGGCCGUCAGCUUCCUCGACCCCGCCGUCGCCAAGACCGCCUGCGCCAGACGGCAGUUCAUGGUCCCCUCCCAGUUCAGACACAAGGGCAACAAGCUGAUUGUUUAUCCCAAGCUGUCUGAGGCCGAGCACCCCGCCUCCGAGGAUGGCUGCCCCAAGGCCUCGUCUGAUAAAGCAUCCGCUAGCUCGGCCUCGGGAGGCCCCACUCAGGACCAGCCAAGCUCCCAGCCAAGCUCCCAGCCGCACCAAGACAGCGACCACAAGAUCGACCCGAGUCCGUCCAAGCCCGACGAAGCCGCCGACACAAGCAUCGAGUCCUGUGCACAAGCGUCUAGCAAAGCUUCCGGGAGCCGAUCCGCUUCCGACCACGCCGCCCAGCCGGCAGAUCAACACUCCAUCCACCAGGCCUCCUUGCCGCCGCCUAGGAAAGCCAGGAAACUGAAGUCUUCCUCGCCCGUUGCUUCGCCCAAGAGAGAGUCCCGCCGCCGGCCGUCGUCGAGUUCAUCACGCUCCCGCCACGUCAUCGCCGUCGCUACCAUCCAUUGCUCUACGACGCGCAGCGACACGGUGGACAUGGCCCACGAGAUCCUCGGUGCUGUAGGUCACAUAUCGGAGCUGGAGGUGCUCGCCUUCGAGCGGCGCAAAUCCAUCGACGUCGUCCUCCGCGUCUCCUUCGAUCGCGCAAGCGCCGCCAGAGAAGCCUGUGCGAGACGCAGGUUUAGGGUGCCCUCGGCCUAUCACUACCAUUGCUACGACCUGCUCGUCUUCGAGGGCUCUUCCAGGAGACCGGAGAUCACCCCCACCCCGCCCGACUCUCCGAGACCUUCCUCUGAGAGGGAUGGCCGGUCGAGGGUUAGCCGGCGGGAUGCUCGACCCCCCCACGACGAGGAGACCGUCCGCAGUCGGCCGGCCACCCCCGCCCAGGAAAUCGACCAGCUCAGCUCGAGCCCCGACCGCAAACCCAUCGACAUGCUGUCCUCCGAUCCGAUCGCCCCAGAACCGUCUGCUCCUCAGCCUUCAGCCUCCUCGGACCCGGGCCAGUCGGGCCUCGAUCAACUUGACGACCCUCAGGAGCCGCCGCUCAAGAAGAUCAAGACUCGGCGGCUCGACGCUGACAAGAGCCCCGCAGAGGCUCCCCCUCAACAGGCCCCCUCACCCAUCCAAUCCCCGCCAGCUGCUAGCUCCUCGCUGCCUGGCUCCGUCGACCAGGUCUUUGCCACAGGCCUGAUCCACCAAUCCUGUACGCGUGAGAAGAUACCGCAAAUGGUGCGCGACAUCCUCGGCUUUCUCGGCCCCAUCUCGGAGGUCGAGGUGCUGAGCUUUGUCGGCCGCAGGAUCAGCCGUGAGGUCCUCCUCGCCAUCACCUUCGUGCAAAUAAGCGCCGCCCGAGAAGCUUUCUUCCGCCGCACCUUCGACAUCCCCUCGCCCUACAGCUUCCACAACACCCCUCUCACCGUCCACCGCACCAAUCCGGCGGUGCGCGUCCAGAACCCGCCGGCGAGGCCCCAGCCCCCGCCGGAAUCCCCGCGCCAGACGUCCCCCCAAUCGUCCUCGAUCGAGCUCGACCGGCCUCUGGUCGCUCCGAAUCCUGCAUCCGAGGACUCCCAACCGGCCGUCGACGAAGACCUGCCUCACGAUGGCACGAGGCCCAAAAGCUCGGCCGAGGCCUCGGUCGAGCAGCCUCCUUGUGACUCGAGGAGCGACUCGGCUCAGAUGCAAGAGUCGUCGGUUGAGAUGCAAGAAGAAUCUGGCUCUGAAGACGAACCUCUCUGGCAGCGUGUGGUGAAGGACGGGCCGCCGGCCGAUAGCGCCGCGCCCCCGACGCAGCGCUCUGCGAGCCCUCUGACCGUCAAUUCCGAUCAUCCUAACAUACACAUCGAGCCGCCUGACGAGCCGCCUGUCGCUCAAAAGGAUUAUCACAGCACGGGUAUCGAGAUCAUCAAGCGGCCCGUCCCUCGGAAAAGAGUGCGCCAUAAGACUGUCUGGAUCAAAGGAUCCUUCCCUCGGAAGAUCAACAAUCAGAAGGUCGAGAGGUUUAUCCGAGAACUCUUUGAGCCUCUUGGCAAGAUUUUUUCUCUCAAUGUUCACGCUCGUCAAGGAGGUCUGAUCGACCUCAAAGUGACCGUCGAUGAGCCUGUGGCCGAACAAGCCGAGAAAGAGUUGCAUGGUCGUGUGUUUCCCCAGUGUAAUUCAUGGCCGCUCUUCCUCAACUCUCGCUAUGUUCAAGGGGUCCGAGUCUUGAAGUCGCUCCGGGCCAAGCUCAAGCAGGAAGCUACCGACAAGAAAAAUCAGGAACAGGCCGCUCGAAAGGAACGUCUUCUGCAAUGCAAGAGCCGCGAGUCGCCCGACGCGCCCUGCCCAUCCGAUGCUUCCGGAUCUCCCCCGCCGCCAGAGCCCGACUCGUCUUCUCAAGUCGACCCACAGGUUCAAGCGUCAUCAUCUCGUCAGAGUAGCCCAUCCAGAACCCAAUCUCGCUCAUCAUCGUCCUCGUCGUCUCACAACAACCAGGACGAUCAGCCGAUCCCCCCUCAAGAAGAAGAAGAAGAAGAAGAAGAAGUUGGCCUGCCCCUCCGCACCAUCCAAUUCCCGAUCCCCGACAAUUGCAAGUCCGAUCAUCCCUCCUGCUCGGUCAAUCGUCUCCACUACAAGCUGGAGAAGAUCCGGCUGACAACGAGCAAGAACCAGACUGUGAUCGACUCUUCGUGGGAGGGAGAAUGCUUGACGCUCCAUGUAGUCCCCAAUUCGGACGAGCAUUCUCAGCUCCCUGAAGAAACCGAGCCAGACAACAUCACAACAGCCGCGUCUGAAUCGCGCCCCGUCGCCUCUACCUCGAGCUCCGCAACGCGUCAUCGCAGUCGGUCGAGUGAAGCACCGCCGAAGCGAUCGCCGAAAACUCACCGGUCGUGGCCCUUUGCGCCCGCGCCCAUGUACCUCGAUGAAUCCACUUCAUCGGACUUCCCCCGGACACUCAACGACUUCUUGACGACCUUCUUCCGGCUCUGGGAGGAGUCGCGCGAGGACCUUCGGUACCUUUACGACGACUCGGCCGUCUUCUCCAACAUCCUUGCCAAGCAGGGUCGCAAGGCCUCGGCGAUCACCAAGAGCACCGGCUGGACGAGCAUCCUCAGCAGCAUCAGCCGGCUCCCUGCGCUCUCUAAUGAUCCGAUGUCCGACCUCAUCAUCGAUGCCAGUCCGAUCUCGCUCCUCCCUCUCCGCGUCAUCUGCAGCAUCCACGGCUCGUUCUCCGAAUUCCCCAACAAGGUCCGCAGAGCUUUCGACCGCUCGCUCAUCCUCCGCCCCGUCGACGUCCAUCUGCACCCCUCUGAAGGCUGUCUCGGACUCUUGAAGUGGAUCAUCCUCAGCGAUACCCUGACGAUCCGCAAACAAACCUCCCGGGCUACCGCCGUCACCGAGGGCUUCCGCGAUAUCCAAAAGAGCCGCGCCUGUCGCGAGAUGGGCUCCGAUUACCACCAGGCUCGCGAGGUCUUCCAGCAGAGCCUGCGUUCCUCGCGUCGCCAAUCGUCCCCAGCCGGGGAGCCGUCGAGGGCCCGACGGAGCUCGUCGAUCCACUCGAUCCGCGACUCGCCCCGUCCCCCUAUCGUCCCAUCCUCCUCCGUGCUCGACUGCCCCCCGGGAACCAGUCUGCGCUCGGGCUCCGAAGCGGUGGCCGGCCCGGACCUGGCGCUGCUCCAGUCGCAAGUGAAGGUCUUGCAGGCGGAGAUCGAGAGUCUGAAGACGCAGACACGCAUGCCCGCGAUGAUUCCCGGCGGGGACGACUCGCUGGUGUCGGGCAAGAAAGCGCAGCGGGCGAAGGGCGACGAGUGGGCCAGCGGGACGGGGCGGCCUCGGAAGACGCACGUCUCGCUGGUCGCCAGCCGGACCACCAGCCAUCUCGGCUUCGGCGUCGCCAAGAAGCGCCUCCUCUUGCCCACCGACGACGGCCGCUACCUCGUCCUCUCCAUCCGCGGCGACAUCCUCGCCUGGGACCCCGCCCCCGCCCCCGGCCUCCACCCUCUCCAGCUCGUCCUCCCCGGCGCUUCCCCCACCGACAUCGUCGACUCCGCCGUCUUCGAUCUGCCCUCCAACGCCCUCGUCGUCGGCGCGAGGACGUCCAAGGCCGCGAGGAAUACCCCCACGUCCAACGUCUCCCUCGUCAAGAUCUUCAAAACUAAAAAAGGGACGACGAUGUAUGACCGGCUCUUGCUGGACGACCCGAUCCACGAGCACGGCGUGCUGGCCACCUGUCUAGCCCCGCCACCGGGGCCGGCCACGCUGGCCGUCGACGAGCCGCCCAGCCGGACGCACACCCGCUUCCUCACCGCCGGGCACGACAAGUUCUUGGGCCUCUGGAAGAUCUCGCAUUCCGUGCACAAGAAGAAGGCCCUCCUCGCCGCCAAAGACCUCGUCAAGAUCCCCGCCUUCCAUGCCGGCGUCAUCCAGUCCUUGUGUCUCUUCGACAAACGUAAUUGGGUGCUCUCCGGCGGCCAUGAUGGAAAGGUCUUCGCUACCGAUCUGGGCCAGGCGUUCCACCAUACCCUGUGUCUCGAAGAAAACUCGCGGAUCUUCGAUAUCCAGACCAAUCCGGUCGGGAGUGACACGGUCAUGGUCACUACGGGGAACAAGGCUCCCGGGAGUCAAUUCCGGUAUUGUGAUCUGAGGACGCCAGCGCGACCGGUGCUCAGCUUCGGCUUCGGAAGCAGCUCGGCCAUGGUCGGCGGGGGGAUUGCAGGCGGAGCAGGGGGCGAGAAAGGCACGCGCAACCACCGCAGAGGCGGCCUGCACGACUACCUCUUCUGCUACCCCAACCCCGAGCCCGCCGCCGAGGUCCUGCUCUGGGACCUCCGCUUCCCCGCCUCCGCUUUCUCCCCCCAUCCCUCCUCCUCGUCUUCCUUUCCUGCCGCCUUCGACGGCCCCCUCCCCCAGCCCUUCGGCUUCGGAGCCGGCCAGGGCGCACUCGCUUCCCAGACUUAUCUCGAAAACCUCCACUCCCUCGCCGUCUUGCACAAGGAAGUGCUCGCCAAAAUCGACUUCGAUCUCAUCGUCCGAUAG